AUGAGUGCCCUUUCCUCAGAGAUCAAGACGACGUACUCACGGGCUCCACAGUCACCCGUAGAGAGAGCUUCGAGGUGUGAAGUCAAACCACAUCGAGUACUAGCGACGGCCUGUACGCUAGGUGGCCGGGGGACGCGCCCGCUCGGAAGCUGGUCAGCAGGAUCCGGCGGAGUGACGGGAGGAAGGUGGAAGGUGGAAGACGCCCUCGCAACUACCCUUCUGAUUGGGUGCUGGCGCCUGAAGUGGGGCCGUCCCACCAACAUUAUUCUGACCUCAGCCCGACAUGCAGUCGUCCUCCACAACACCACGCCAGCCUAUGGUUCUUCACAAUCCGCGUUUCCCAAAUCGAUUCCGGUUUUCACAGCAUGUGGAGUGUUGUGGUCAACGGAUGCCUACCGCGCCGCAGUGUCGCCGAGCCAAGCGUGCACAACAAAACGGCGGACUGACCCCUUAACUCCGAAGCUGCCAGUCUCCCAUCCGAUAAUCUAUCGGCGAAUAAUGCCUUCCUUGCUGGCAAUAGCUCGGCUAGGAAUCGCAUUCUACGGGGUGGCGAAAAAGCGGUGCACUGAAUACGAUGCUGUCGCCUACGCGCUGGUCAGGCUGCUCCAACCGAACGAAAUCCUCUGGUUAAACGUCAGAAAACGCCCGCCGCCUGCCCGAUUCGUUCCGCUACACCAUGAGAGGGAGGAUUACAAGACGGGUUCAUCGCGAAAUGGACGCGCAAAUGUGCCUCCAACACCACGAUUUGGCAUCGAAGACGUCAAUUCCAUCUGCCGAAGCAGUGGCGACGCGUGCGUUGCUUGUCCCGCUCCGCCAAGGGAUGGCGGCUGGAGUGCACCAGAAUCCGCAACUCCUCCGCCCGCUACCCAUGCCAGCCAAGCCUCACCCCGCAGCCGCCAAGAACUGAGCCCAAAUACCGUUGGACCGGUCGCAUGGCGAGCGUCCGCUGUGUGGACUCGGUAAAAUUCUCAUACGCAAAAUGGCCCAUGUUCAAUCAAACACCAACUGGAAAGAGAUAGCUCAAGCGGCCUUAAAAGCAGGCGUCGCCCAGAUUCGAGACCGACCGUACCUUUCGUGGCUUUCGUGCAACUGCCGGUUCAGCCAUCCAGACCUUCCGAAAGCUCCACCGUU